GAGGGAGCUGGUUGACUUUCUAGGAGAAAAAAACAAGGAGCAGGAACCAGAGUAGGGAGGAAGAGGACCUGUAGGCUCAGGUGGCGCUGGGUUGCUGCAAAGAGGGGCGGGGGAGAGGCGGGGGCGCUGCAUGCAGCGCGCUGGCUCCAGCGUUGCCCGCGGGGAAUGUGACAUCAGCGCCGGGCGCUUGCGGCUGGAGGGAAUAGCUCUCCCCGGUAGCGCCCAGCACACCUCGCCCCGGGGAGGACACAAACCUGGGCAGGCGGCCGGGAUGUCGACGAAGGAAAGGCCAAAGGGUAAAGUAAUCAAGGACAGCGUCACCCUUCUGCCCUGCUUUUAUUUCGUGGAGUUGCCUAUAUUGGCGUCAUCAGUGGUUAGCCUGUAUUUCCUUGAACUCACGGAUGUCUUCAAACCUGUGCACUCUGGAUUUAGCUGCUAUGACCGGAGUCUUAGUAUGCCGUACAUUGAGCCCACCCAGGAGGCAAUUCCAUUCCUCAUGCUUCUCAGCUUGGCUUUUGCUGGACCUGCAAUUACGAUUAUGGUAGGAGAAGGAAUUCUGUACUGUUGCCUGUCCAAGAGAAGAAAUGGGGUUGGACUUGAGCCCAACAUAAAUGCCGGAGGCUGCAACUUCAACUCUUUCCUUAGAAGAGCUGUCAGAUUUGUUGGUGUUCAUGUAUUUGGACUAUGCUCUACAGCUCUCAUUACAGAUAUCAUACAGCUGUCCACAGGAUACCAGGCACCAUACUUUCUGACUGUGUGCAAACCCAACUAUACCUCUCUGAAUGUAUCUUGCAAAGAAAAUUCCUACAUCGUGGAAGACAUUUGCUCGGGAUCUGACCUUACAGUGAUCAAUAGUGGCAGAAAGUCAUUCCCUUCUCAACAUGCAACCCUCGCCGCCUUUGCAGCUGUGUAUGUUUCCAUGUACUUCAAUUCCACAUUAACGGAUUCUUCUAAACUUCUGAAACCUCUCUUGGUCUUCACAUUCAUCAUCUGUGGAAUCAUCUGUGGGCUAACAAGGAUAACACAGUAUAAGAAUCAUCCAGUUGAUGUCUAUUGUGGCUUUUUAAUAGGAGGAGGAAUUGCCCUGUACUUGGGCCUGUAUGCUGUGGGGAAUUUUCUACCUAGUGAAGACAGCAUGUUUCAGCAUAGAGAAGCUCUCAGGUCUCUGACAGACCUCAAUCAAGACCCCAGUCGAGUUUUAACAGCUAAAAAUGGUAGCAACAGUGAUGGAAUUGCUCAUACAGAAGGUAUUCUCAACCGAAACCGCAGAGAUGCCAGCUCUUUGACAAACCUCAAAAGGGCAAAUGCUGAUGUGGAAAUCAUCACUCCACGGAGCCCCAUGGGGAAAGAGAAUAUGGUUACCUUUAGCAAUACCCUGCCUAGAGCCAACACCCCAUCUGUAGAAGAUCCUGUCAGAAGAAAUACCUCCAUCCAUGCCUCUAUGGAUUCCGCUAGGUCAAAGCAACUCCUCACUCAGUGGAAGAACAAGAAUGAAAGUAGGAAGUUGUCCCUCCAAGUUAUAGAGAGUGAGCAAGGACAGUCACCACCCAGGUCCAUAGAAAUGAGGUCCAGCUCAGAGCCAUCUAGAGUGGGUGUGAAUGGAGACCACCAUGGUCCAGGCAAUCAGUACCUCAAGAUCCAGCCUGGCACUGUCCCCGGGUGUAACAAUAGCAUGCCUGGAGGGCCACGGGUGUCCAUUCAGUCCCGUCCUGGAUCCUCACAGUUAGUGCACAUCCCAGAAGAGACCCAGGAAAACAUAAACACCUCCCCUAAAAGUAGUUCUGCUCGGGCCAAAUGGUUGAAAGCUGCAGAGAAGACUGUGGCCUGCAACAGAAGCAACAGUCAACCCCGAAUCAUGCAAGUCAUAGCUAUGUCCAAGCAGCAGGGUGUCCUGCAGAGCAGCCCCAAGAGUACUGAAGGCAGCACAGUCUCCUGCACUGGCUCCAUCCGCUACAAAACCUUGACAGACCAUGAGCCCAGUGGAAUCGUAAGGGUGGAAGCUCACCCAGAGAACAACAGGCCCAUCAUACAGAUUCCAUCCACCGAAGGUGAAGGCAGUGGCUCCUGGAAAUGGAAAGCCCCUGAAAAGGGCAGUCUUCGCCAAACUUACGAGCUCAAUGAUCUCAACAGAGACUCAGAAAGCUGUGAGUCCCUGAAAGACAGUUUUGGGUCUGGAGAUCGAAAGAGAAGCAACAUUGAUAGUAAUGAGCAUCACCACCACGGAAUUACCACCAUUCGAGUCACACCAGUAGAGGGCAGCGAAAUUGGUUCAGAGACGCUGUCCAUUUCUUCUUCCCGUGACUCCACCCUGCGGAGAAAGGGCAACAUCAUCUUAAUCCCUGAAAGAAGCAACAGCCCCGAAAACACUAGAAACAUCUUCUAUAAAGGAACCUCUCCAACACGUGCAUACAAGGAUUGAAUGAUGCCCAAUCACCUGGGCAACCCUAAAAGACAAUGUGUCGAUUCUAUCUGUGCUCUGUUCCAACAGCUUGGGAAACCUUCUCUGCGAACUGGAUUCACCACCACCUGACCGGAACUCACUGACUCUUGAGAACUAUUACAUUCGACCUUGUAGAUUUCACAUCAAAGGGAGGGAAAAGCACAAUGCAAGAACCUAACUCAUGUGAUAAUGUGAACACUGUUCUCAAGACCUAUCUUCAAACUCAAACCCAAAACAAAUAAAUAAAAUAAGAAAAAAAAAAUGUUUUCUGAGGCUAGGUAUCAAGAGAAAGUGGUUUUCUUCAGUGUAAACUAUUUACAUCCUGAAUGUGCCAACUUUAGGGAUUUUUCUUAAUAAUUAGCAGGAGGAAUCUGGAACACGGGUUUCCCCUACAGCAGAGGCCAUGCAGUAUUAUAUAUUCAUUUUGCAGAAUCUGCACCUACAGCUCAGUAUGGGCGGUGCUGAUUAUUGUAGUUCAUAUACCAUGUAAACUCUCAAAUUCUAUUAGUUGUGAAAUAGUGGUGUGCAAUUCCUUGUCAAAGAAAUGCUACUGUAUUAAGAGGAUGUUGGCUGCUUUGUAUUAGAUUAGGACACCUGCAGCUUCUCCAUAGUGACUCUGUCACAGUUAAGGAAAAAAAAAAAGAAGAAAAGAUUCCAUGCAUUUCUUUAGAAUAACGCUUUAUUCAUCAAACAUUCUGUAGAAAUAUUUUCAGAGGGGAAUAAGUGAUACUUUUUUUCUUUGGGGCUUUUUCGCUGCUUUUUAUUUAAGUAUGGGAACUGCUUUUGAAGCAUCUGAGUUGUUUUUGUUUUUGAGUACAUUUACAUCAUUUAAAAGCAUCCUGUUUUAGGAAAAUCUUUUGAAAUCGUGGUUAUAUUUUGCAUUUGACAGCUUCUCCUUUAUUUAUUGUUUUUUAAAACUUUUUGAUGUUAUGUAUGUUUUCUAUUUUUAAUGCCAAAAUAAUGGUUGAUAUUCCUUAAGCAAAUUAUAUUGCUGUGAAAUUUAUAGACAAGAAUUCAGAACUGAAGUGUAAUGUUGUGCAUUGUAUUGCCUGCAGUGUUGGUCAAGUCUCCCCUCACAUAUGUCCAAUCAGAUAGCUUAGGUUUCUAUCUUAGAAAGUAAUAUAAAAAUUGAUUUGGUUAUAGAUUAUAAAUUUAUCAAUACCCUGAGAACCUGCAAAAUUAGAGUCAGAGAAGUUGGACUUCACCCUCUCCACUAAUAUUCUUACUGAUUGGGCAUCAACAGGAAGAAUUUGAAAAAAAAAUAUUUAUCAAUUGCUAAGCAAAAGUAUCUCAAGAGUAUAAAUUGAGAAGGAAUUUAUACUAAAGAUUAAUAAUGGCACAAUUUUAGUGUUUCACAUACAGUCUUUGCUACCUAAAUAAUGCCUUCAACCUAAAUCAAAGGAAACCAAUAUAACCAAGAAAAAGGAAAUAAAAUUUAAAAAUUGUGAAUUAAAUUUUAAGUAUGAAGAAAGAAUUGGUUCUUAGAAUGUAGUAUUAAAUAUUUUUGACACCAUUUCUUAAGAAUUCUAAGAUAGACCUGAUGAUUGCCAAGGUGAUAAAAGCAAACUGCAAAGCUGGUUUGACUGAUAGUUCAGUUUUUAAUAAGAACAGAAAGCUUUGUUUAGAGAUAAGUAGAAUCGCAUCAUUAUCAACUUCUACAGGAAAAGAGCAGAAUUUCCUAGAGUAAACCAACCUCUGAGAGCAUUAGAGAUUUGGCUAAAACCAGCAGAAUUGGAAACUCUGGCAAUAAAAUUCAGAUUCAACUACAUCCCUCCUGACAAUUUUCUUCUCAGAGAGGGGAGUGGGAGUAAAAUGUUGCCUUCCCCACUUCUCACUGCAACCACCACCAUGAUACUCCUACUGGCUUUUGCCAGUUUAUAGAGGGGAAGGUGAGCUGGUUUUAGUACUCUGAAGAAAGGAAAAAAAAAAAAGCUGCAGCAUUUGAGGUGCAGUAUGAUGUUUCCUAAUAUUUCCUAUUUCUUAACAAAAGAUUUUAAAGCACUUCUCUAGUCAUUGAAUUUCUUUUUCUUUACAUAAAUAUUGAUAUAUUCUUUUUCUACUCAAAGUGCCAAAGGCUACAGUUUUUAAUGACUUAAUGAAUUGUACCACAUUGUUAAGGAUAUAUGAUAAUCACUAGGACUCAGAUCUCUGCAUGUAUAUUUGAUAACACACCUUUUAUAAAAAAAAAAGUUACAAAAAUAUUUGUUUACAUUCCACUGGUACCUUAAUUUAAAAUAAAUGAGACAAACAGGUGGUAUCUCUUCUUAGUGUUCUAUAUACCUUCUUUGCUAAUGAGAGGACUUCUUCCUUUGUUAGGCUGUGCUUUACUUAUAAAACCAAGUAUUGAAUAUAGAGAGUUAAAUAUCUUUUUAAAGUAAAUGAAAUUAUGAAUAUAUAAUAUAUACAAAGUAUUGUGUUUAAUAAAAUGUUAUGCAAUGUUUUCCAAACUGAUAAAGUUUGUAAAGUGCUAUAAUGUAUUUUGUUAAGUACAGAGCAAAACUAUUGUGUGAGUAUAUUGUGCUAACAUCAUAUUAAUAAAGUUUAGAUUUCUUCACCAAAAGUCAAACUUUUUAAAUAAAUUUUAAAGCAUGGA